AUGGCUUCCCAUCAAUGUUGUGAAAAUAGAAGAAACGCUGCAAAACUUGCGAAGUCAAUGCCCGUUGACAAACUUCAACUUACCGGAAACGGUCCACCCUACCCCAGCGUGCACCGCGAGGCCUCCGCCGAGGCGGACCUGCGCCUGGCCUUCUUCCCCCUGGAGCGUACGGACCGCGCGGGCCGCGGACCCGCCCUGUCGCGCAGCGUCAGCGGCAUCUACGCGGACAACACGUCGUACCACGCCGUCGUCAGCGCGUCCAUCGACGCGCUCAAUGAGAAGCUGGAGGUCCCCGUCAAAGCGCUCAACUUCCGGCCCAACUUCGUCGUGGAGGGACCGCCUGCCUUUGCCGACGACUCCUGGCAGUGGAUGCGCAUCGGCCAGGCCGUCUUCAAGACAGUCAUGCCCUGCGGAAGGUGCGUGCUAACUACGGUGAAUCCAGAGACUGGGGUAAAGUCUCCAGAUACUGAGCCAUUAUCAACAUUGCGGAAGUUCCGCAUGCCGACUCCAGCGCAGAAGGCUGCCAUGGCUGGCAUGCUGGGCGGCCCCGCGCCCGUCAUGGGCAACUGGCUCGCCAUCGUUCAGCUGGGCGAGAUAAAUCUCCACGACGCCGUCUACGUGUACCCGUAAGGCAGAGGCUGGUGUAGCAACCACCGCUUCAAAAGGUACAUUAAAAUGAUGCCUCGCCUGUAAUACACUUUUAAAAAUGUGUGCCUUGAACACACUUGCAUUUGAUGAAUACCCAUCAAAUUUGUUUUAAAAAUAUUGAACUGUUACCCGAUCAUUGCUUCUUGACCAGUUACAUUGCAUGUGAAAAUAAAGUUUAACAAAGCAUGAAGUAGGUGUUGAAGUUUUCUUGCGAUUGUAUAGAGAUGGAUUUACUUCAACAGUUUCAUCUGUAUUGAUAAUGUAUUCAAACCUCUUGCAAGAGCUUUGUCAGGUGAAGGUGAUUUAAACUGAUUAAUUACACAAACACAUA